UCGCCCGCUAUCUCGGAGCUGCUGUAUAUCCGAAUGUUACCUGACUACUUCCAUCAAUUGCGGUAUGCAGCCCAUCAGAACAUAGUUGGCUGUCAGCGAACUAUCUCGAACUAUUCGCUCAUCGAAGCAGUUUACUUUCCAUGGUGCUCAAUGUUGACGUUGAUAACCUGCUGGUGUUUUCCCCUCUUUCUUCACUGCCAAUGGCGUGGUACGCAUUUUUCCAGUCGUGCUCCUCAUGCUCCGUCAACUUCAUUUCCUUCAUACCUCGCCAAUUCAUGGUCAAACACGCAACCUCUGCGGCAUAUCUACGACAUUUCGUACUGCACUGAUCACGGUGUGCCAAUUGACAACCCCCCUGCACAGCGUAACCUUGGAGGCUGCUCGUGCAUAUUCCUAGUACAUAUAUUUCCGUCCUGUCUUUGCUGCGGCAUAAGUGACAGCAUGCUAGUGAGGCCCUCAUGGGUCAUUUGUUAGACUCCCGGUGCAACAACCUUGCGUGUUUCGUUUAGAACCUUCAACCCUGGCAGAAGUGCGGAGGCAACCGUGAAAGUGUGAGUCUAUAUAUUG